AAAGUGUGCGUUUAGUUGCAUAACGUCUUUUGGAAAUGACGCGCUGCCGCUCAUGGUCGAAGCGUCUCCUACGGCAGUCGCAGGUACCCGAACCAGUCGCCGCCGCCGCCGUCUUGUGUUCGCUGCUGAUUCUUCUUGUGCACGUCCCAUCCACCAAGUCUUUCAGUAUUUCGUGGUUGUUUGACGAUAGCACGUACAGAGGAAUUUUGUAUCCUAAGUACGACGACGACUAUACAUCGUCGAUAGACGAAGCAGAUGUGUACAACGACGUGUUAGACGAGUUUCGAGUAUACUGGAACGUGCCUACGUUUCAGUGUCACAAGUUCGGGUACAAAUUCAAUGAAGUAGCCGAAUGGGGCAUACAACAAAACAUCGACGAUAACUUUCGUGGGGACAAGAUCAGUUUGCUCUAUGAUCCGGGACUGUUCCCGGCCCUAAUGCAAGGUGGUGGUUCCCGGAGCGAUCAUGUAAUUAGGAACGGUGGUGUGCCUCACGAGGGCAAUCUUACCAAGCAUCUGGAAUUAUUUACAAGAGACCUAGUCACCAAGCUAAUACCAGAUCCAAAUUUUUCGGGAUUAGCUAUUAUUGAUUUUGAACACUGGCGUCCUAUGUAUGAAGAAAAUUUUGGAUCAUUAUCACUAUAUAAAGAUUAUUCCAUGGAAAUUGAGAAAUAUAACCAUCCUCUUUGGCAAAAAGAAGAUCUCCAAAGAGAGGCUUCGAGAAAAUUUGAAAAAGCAGCUACACAGUUCCUAAAACGUACUCUUCAAGUAGCAAAGUCAUUAAGACCAAAUGCUAAUUGGGGAUAUUAUGGAUAUCCAUUUUGUUUCAAUUACACACCAAAGAAUGAUCAAGCAAAAUGUUCAUCAAACGUGAUGAAGAAUAAUGAAAAAUCAAAAUGGUUAUUUGAAGAAAGCACAGCUAUUUAUCCAUCUUUAUAUUUUAAAUACGAAAAUAUGAGUUCAGAAAAGAGAGCUAAGUUUAUGCAAGGCAGAAUGGUGGAAGCAAUACGUGUAGGGAAAAUGAGCAAUUCAAAAAAAUUUGUUUAUCCAUACACAUGGAUUAAAUAUUAUGACACAAAACAAUUUGUAGAGAAGGCCGAUCUGUUGAACUCGUUUUCAAUACCGAAGAAAAACGACGCGUCCGGCGUGAUAAUUUGGGGAGCCUCCAACGACGUUAACAGUGAAAAGAAAUGCAAAGCAAUGCACAACUAUUUGACUGGAGUUAUCGGGCCCACACUCAAAACGUUUUACAAGAGCAACAGGAAAGCGGUGAAAAGAAAAAGAAGAGCGAAAGUCGACAGUAUAUUCGAUUACUUCAUAUAAUGUCGAAAUUGAAUUAAUUUAAGAAGCCAUCCAAAGUUUUAUAUUUUGGUGUUAUAUAAUUAAUGUAUUCACACUUAGUGCAUACUAAGCAUAGUAUUUAUAAACACCACAGAGUUACCUAGAUUUGUAAACGAAAUAUUAUGAUUUGAUUACAGUCUUGAACUAUAAUUUUAUCAUAUCAUUAUAUUGUUAUAUGUACAUACGUACUAUAUAGUUAUACGCGUUAUAUUAACUUAUUAUAAAUUAUUUAUUGUGUUGAAAUUAAAGCUAAAGUAUAAUUUA